UCGCGCUUUUCGUUUCCUCUUCCUUCACUCUCCCUCUCUCAAAUGCUGACUGAACUCAAAGCGCGGAAGCCUCUCUCAUGGACUCGGUGGCAAUAAAGCCAAUUCUUACUUCUUUCAACUUCAACCUCUCGAACCCAAAAACCAAGCCUCUCUACUCCACCAGUUUCUCUUACUUUAGGCUCACACGCUGCAGAAAAUUCAGUACUUCCUCUGUCUCUUUUUGUCACAGGAGUGGUUCAAAUCCCAAAAACCAGAACUCGGAGUUCAGUAAUCAAGCUUUUUCUCCAAAUCCCGUCUGGGUUUUGGUCCCAAUCUUUCAAAGCAUCAAAAUAUUAGCCUCCUCGCAAACCGAGAAAAGGGCUUCGGGUGUUCAAGCCUACAAUGAUUCGGAGAAGCUGAAGGAUGGAUUUGAUGGCGUUUAUUUGCAAAAUGGAGGGAUUGGAGUAGCUUUAUUGAGUGUAACGUCGAAUGCGAAGGUUCGGAUUAGUCCGUUCGUAGCCACAUUAGCUGCGAACCCGACGUUUGUCUCGGGUUUGUUCGCGUGGCUCAUCGCGCAGUCGAUGAAGAUGUUCUUGAAUUUCUUUAUCGAGAGGAAAUGGGAUUUGAGAUUACUGUUUGCUUCUGGAGGAAUGCCCUCGUCGCACUCAGCUUUGUGCACGGCUUUGACGACUUCGGUGGCGCUCUGUCAUGGGGUGGCGGACUCGCUGUUUCCGGUUUGUUUGGGGUUUAGUCUAAUUGUUAUGUACGACGCAAUCGGAGUUAGGCGGCAUGCUGGGAUGCAAGCCGAGGUUCUUAAUAUGAUCGUUGAGGACAUGUUUCAAGGACAUCCUAUCAGCAAAAGAAAGCUCAAGGAACUUCUUGGCCACAAUCCAUCACAGGUUCUUGCUGGAGCUCUGCUUGGCAUUGUGGUGGCUUGUAUCUGUUGUCAGGUUUCCUUGGUUCCCUAAACUCCGUACUCUGCAUGCAAUUUUGGUCAGGGUACUACAUGAAUAGAGGCAAGUUUAAAGAACAUAAACAUGCACACAUUCUAACAUGAAGACCCUUUGUAGUCACUAUAUAUGGCAUUGAACUUGCUCUUCUCUAAUUCGAUUUGUGUGUCAAUAUUGAGACCUUUGGCCACGCUUGCUGUUGCUGCUGCUAUUGAUGUAGCCACCGCCUGGGUGCUUUUCACAGUGGUGAAAAUUAUUUGUAUACGGGAUCUGUGUUAAUUAUGGCAGUUCCCAUCCAAAGUUCCUAUGCCAUACUAUUAAUGCCUAAUACAAUUCCCUUUCUUUUUCUGUUCUUUUGUCUAUCAAAAUGUUUUGUUGUACA